AUGGUACAGCUUGAUGCUCUGAGGGAGCGUCCGCAGCCCGAGAUGAUGCAAAAAUCGAGACUGCUGCCAGAGUCCUUCUUUGCCGUGCCCCGUACCAAGCACACCGGGAGGCCAAGCUCGGUCUACACAGAGUUCAUGGAGUCGGAUACGGAGAUCGAGCAAGGGGAUGAGCAAGAUGACGACGAAGUGUUCAGCGAUUUUGAGGACUUUGCGGGUCUUGACGACGGCGAAUGCUCGCCCCGGCAUAGCAUAAGCUCGUCUGGAAAACAACCCAGCUUCACUACAGUCUCAUCCUACGACGAGGUUCCUACCCCGACAUCACUCAAGCAACCACUCUUCCUCAUCGAUGACGACUCGAAGCCGCAACCUCCAGUCGACGGCCCCAAGGGGCCCCAUCUGUUUCGCAGCUCACUGUCCUCCGCCCAGUCGAUCGAGCUGCAGCAUGCGCUCACUCUCUCGCCCAUCACUCCGCAGGACCCGGUCGCCAUGGACUUCCAUAUGCAGGACAUCCACUUCACGACGCUGCCCAAGAACCUGAAGAAGCGCGAUGUGGGACCCUUCCAGUUCACUGAUGAGGAGCUCGACACGGCAAUGCUGGCAAACUGGACGCCCGAGAUGGUAGCGCAGCAUCUGUUGAAUGUGGGCUUCGAUCUCGAGGUGUGCGAGAAGUUUGUCGAGAACGACAUCAAUGGGCCAAUUCUGAUGAAGCUUGAGCUGGAGCAUCUCAAGGAGCUCGGUAUCAGCUCCUUUGGUCUCAGGCACCAGAUCUGGGGGGAGAUCGGCAAGAUGAAGGGCCUAAAGCCGUCGCAGUCGAAGCCGGAGGGAGUGCAGCACGACACCGACAUCGACGAGGAGCCAGAUAGGAGGGUCAGGAAAGAGAUCAAGCGCAAGGAGAGCAGCGCCCGCCGGGGAAGGCCACGCGUCAAGGUCAAUGACGUCGUCACUCCCCUUGAGUCCGUCUCCAUCGUCGGCAUUGAGCAGGUCAUCCCCAAGCCUCAUAAGUGCAGCAAGGGCGACAAGUGCCCGCGCAAUCAGAGGGUUCAGAAGAUGGUCGAGCAGUUCAAGAAGGAGCACCCGUUUGUUCAUGACAACGGCAUCAUCAUGAUUGCCGGCGACCCGGGUAACCCAGAGACGGCUGAGGCCAUCCCAGUCGACGAGGCUAUUCGUCCUGUCUCCGAUGCCGUCCCCUCUGUCGUAGCCUCGUCGGAUGUCAUGGGCCCUGGCGAGAAGACAACGAUUCAAUAUCUCAAGGAGGCUACCCUCCGUGCCAUCCCGCCUAAGGACCCCCAGGAUCGUGUCCGUCAGUACCUUGAUCUGCAGCGGCAGCAGCUCAACGCUUCGAGCGAGAACCUCCCCAAGCUUUCCAUUCCGCAGAAGCCGACUAUCACUCCUCCUCGUCAAGAAUCUCCCACUGGCGGGCUGCAGCCCCGGUCGGCGCGCCCAGCCUCGCAAGUCAUCCCCUCCUUUCGGGAGCUGACCCCGACCGAAGACGAGGCUACCCCGACGCCGACCCAACCGGUCUACCGCUUCGGCACGCCCUUCUCGGACAUGGAUGUCCCAGUCACCAUGCAGCAAAUCCCGCCUGUGUCGAGGGAUAUUUCGCAGUCCGUGCCGCCGGAUAUGACCUAUCGUCAUAACUUCCAGGCUGUGGGCGCGAACCAGCCCAGGAGCACGUCUCGCAACACCAUCCGGCGUCCGUCCUUCCCUGUCAUGCCGGCGCUGGAUGAGAAUGGUGUGCUCUCGCCUACCGCAGUAGAGGCUCACCAAAACACGACCUCGCUGUCAAGCAUGGGCAAUGGCACGGGCAUCAAGCGCUCACAGAGUGUGCGUGUCGGCCCGACAACAGGCAGGCUCCUGCAGCCGCCUCCUCGGGUUCAGUACCCCUGGACACAGACCGAGCGCCCGACGAUGGAGAAGGCCAUCCCUCCGGGCUCUAGCGUGGAAGCCUUGUUCAACGGCUCGAACCACUCUGCCUCAGGCAGCAUCGGCAGCAUCAGCAGCAUCAGCACGACCAACACCGCCAGCAGCAACGGCAGUGGCGGUGGCAACAGCACCCCAGCGACCUCCGUCUCUUCUUCCUCAUCUCCCCUCAAAGCCCUGCGCAUCAACGGCCGCCUCUCCCCCAUCACCGACACGCCCACCAAGCCCAGCGACUUGUCCGCCUCCGGCGAAAUCACCUACGCGGGCCUCAUGCGCAAGCGCAAGACCAAGAUGCUCCGCCACGAGUGGCACGAGCACUUCUUCAUGCUGCGAGGCACGCGCCUGACGAUGCACAAGGACAAGGAGGCGGCCAUGGCGGCCAAGACGCUGGAGUACAUCGAUAUUGACGAUUACGCGAUCGCGUGCAGCACGGCGGCUACUAGCCGCAAACUGAACGCGGCCAUCAAGGCGGCCAUGCACCUCCGGGGCGACAAGGACAAGGAUAAGAAGGAGGAUGUCGCGGCAUUCAGCUUCCAGUUGAUUCCGCAGAAUAAUAAGGAGGGGAAGUUGCUCAAGAAGAGGGAGUCGAACAUGCCUGGAUCGAAGGAGAAGGACUCGAAGGAAAGCAGUGGGAGCUCGGCGGCGCCACCGCCGCCGAUUGAGGGUGCUGUGAAUGGUACGGGCAAGACGCACCAUUUCGCAGUGAAGAGCAGGGAGGAGAGGAUUGAUUGGAUGCGGGAGUUGAUGCUGGCUAAGGCGAGGAAGCAGAAGGGGGAGGGAUUUGAGGUGAGUGUUAAUGGGAAUAUGAUUUGA